CUUUGUUGCGGCCGGGGCUCGUGUCCUUGUCGCGUCCUCAGCUGCUCUGCCCGUCUCUGCUGCUUCUGGCCCUUUCUCUCUCCCACCGCCUCCUCUCUGUGGGCAACAGUGAGAACCUCCCCCAGGUCCAGGAGGAGCGUAAGCACAGCCGGAGCACGGAAGGGAGAUCGUUCUGCCCAUCCCGCCUGUACUGGCUCGUUUGACAGAGUUGCUGCUCGUUCAAGAAAGUUCAAGUCUCAAGUGCCCACUCCAGGACUUGAGCAUGCAGAUCUAUUACUGAAGGAGUGCAGCAGUGUUGAAGAACAUCACCAUGUCCAUCUUGAAGAUUCAUGCCCGUGAGAUAUUUGAUUCACGUGGUAACCCCACUGUAGAGGUGGACUUGUAUACGGGAAAAGGUCUGUUCAGAGCAUCAGUUCCCAGUGGUGCAUCCACUGGCAUUUAUGAAGCACUGGAACUUCGAGAUAGUGACAAAACGCGAUUUUUGGGAAAAGGAGUUACAACAGCUGUUGAUAACAUCAAUACAUUAAUAGCACCUGAGCUGAUUAAACAGCAUGUAAACGUUAUCGAACAGGAGAAAAUUGACAAGCUGAUGCUGGCAAUGGAUGGCACUGAGAACAAAUCUAAAUAUGGGGCCAACGCUCUUCUGGGUGUUUCGCUGGCUGUUUGUAAAGCUGGGGCUGCAGAGAAAGGAGUGCCUCUUUAUCGUCACAUUUCCCAUCUUGCAGGCAACACACAGGUCAUCCUGCCUGUUCCAGCCUUCAAUGUGAUAAAUGGCGGAUCUCAUGCUGGUAACAAGUUGGCCAUGCAGGAGUUCAUGAUCCUGCCGAUUGGUGCCGCCAACUUCAGGGAGGCAAUGCGCAUUGGCGCUGAGGUGUACCACAACUUGAAGAAUGUCAUCAAGGACAAGUAUGGGAGGGAUGCAAUCAAUGUUGGUGAUGAGGGUGGAUUUGCACCCAACAUCUUGGAAAACAAGGAAGCUUUAGAACUGCUGAAACUCGCCAUUGGGAAAGCUGGGUAUUCUGACAAGGUUGUAAUUGGAAUGGAUAUUGCAGCCUCUGAGUUCUUCCGUGAUGGGAAAUACGACUUGGAUUUCAAAUCCCCACCUAAUCCCAACCGUUAUGUCACACAUGACAAGUUGAUUGAACUUUACAUGAGUUUCAUAAAGAAUUACCCUGUUGUCUCUAUCGAGGAUCCCUUUGACCAAGAUGAUUGGGCAGCCUGGAAGCAAUUUACAGCUCAAACAACAAUCCAAGUGGUUGGUGAUGACUUACUGGUGACAAACCCCACUCGCAUUGCAAAAGCAGUUUCCGAGAAAGCCUGCAAUUGCCUGCUGCUCAAAGUGAACCAGAUUGGCACAGUCACAGAGUCCAUUGAAGCUUGUAAGCUGGCCCAGUCAAAUGGAUGGGGAGUAAUGGUGAGCCAUCGUUCUGGUGAGACCGAAGACACUUUCAUUGCUGACCUGGUCGUUGGUCUUUGCACUGGACAGAUCAAAACUGGAGCUCCUUGCAGGUCAGAACGCCUGGCUAAAUACAACCAGUUAAUGAGAAUUGAAGAGGAGCUUGGGCAGACGGCUUGCUUUGCUGGCAGAAGUUUCCAAAACCCUCUUGCCAAAUAAACCAGGCAGCAUGUUUUCUGUCAACAAUCCAGUGUUUAGAGCAGCUUUCACUUUGAUCCUCCUGUACCAGCAGAAUUGACAUUUGUUUUUUGUACUGUCAUUGUUGCAGAAUUACUGUUCUGGGAGAGGAAAAGGAAAUGUGUCAAGUUUUUUGAUGUGUUCUUUUCUCGAGAGAAAAAAAAUAAAUGCAAGGCUUAAAUCAUCAUGUGCAUGUGCUGUGCUUAACACAAAAGGCUGUCCAGAUGUUGAGAGCUAAGUGUCUCCAGGCUAUGUUAAAUGUAAAUGAAUUAAAUGUUCCUGCUCUUGUGACAUUGCAUUUGUUAGGUUAAGAAUCUCUGUGAUUUUGUUUUCAGAAUGCUUUGCUAAUUGAGCUUGCACUCAUCAUCACCAUGUCCCUUCUAGUUGGCCCAGUGUCUGGUACAGCACAGGGAUUGCUCUUGGUUUGGUCAGUGACCCAGGUUGAAUCAGCUGAUCUCAAAUUUUGUCCCCACUCGCUCCAUGAUGACCUGGCAUGCAGCUUGUUGGCCUUCACAUCAACCAGGCUUGGCUCUGAUGUCCUUCAUGGUUGAUCAUCCUGCCACCACAGAUGCUCUAUCUAGGUUUUGUGCAAGAUACCAAAAACUGGGGUCUGAAGCUGACGGAGGCUGAGAAGAACCCCAGCAGUCAGAUUGCCAGUUUCUUGGCACCUCUGAGUCAUUUUUUUGCAUGAGCAACAUUCAGGCACCCGAUACCCACCUGCAAGUGACAGGGAGCUGGUCAGGCUUUUAGUUUAGAAUACCAGCGGCACAUAGGCCAUUCUGUCCAUCAUGUUUUCUCCCACCUCUCUCUAAUGAGCAGUAUGAUUUAGUACAAUUCUCCUGUGUUUUCCCCAUAUCCACGUACAUUGCUUCUAUUGAAAUACACAUCUAAUGCCCUCUUGAAUGCCUCAAUUGAUUCUGCUUCCACCAUACUGCCAGGCAGUGCAUUCCAGACCUGAACCAUUCAUUCUGUGAGAGUUUUUAUUUCUCAAUCACAUUUGCAAAUCACUAACUUUGCACCCUCUUGUUUUCAAUCUUUUUAUGAGCAGGAACUGUUUCUCUUGAUAAUGGGAACUGCAGAUGCUGGAGAAUCCAAAAUAAUAAAAUGUGAGGCUGAAUGAA